CCAUUACUUUGGUCUGCUUUGAGUGAAACCUCCACUUCCGGUUUCAAAGUCCAGCUGAGAGAUGUUGCUUUUAUUUUUACAGACAACUGCAGCGACUGUUAACCGAACUAAGUUCUAUUAGUUUUGAGGAAAAGUGGAUCGUCGCAGACAUGCAGCAGUCUGUGGAGUCUUUAGUCCGACUGCUGGAGUCUUACAGAGGCAGAGAUAAAAUCAUCAGGACGGUCUGUUAUGGCUCUCAGCUGGUUGGAGGAGUACUUACCCGUAAAGCAGAAGCAGACGUCUCCUCGCAGCGUUUAGGGAAGAGUCUCCUGCUGUUUUCUGCUCAGCUCAGCCACUGCCGAACCGUCCUGAGGCUGUUUGAUGAUCUGUCCAUGCUGGCCUACUCCCACAGCUACGGACUCGGAGCUUCGGACGAAGACAAAGGAAUCCGCUGGAUAUCAGUGCUGACGAAUGUGGCCGACCAGCUCUACUACCCCUGUGAGCACGUUGCCUGGGCAGCUGAUGCAGAAAUCAUUAAAGUCAAGUCUGAUAAGUGGUGGCUGUUCUGCACCGUGCUGUGGGGGACUUCACUGCUGCUCGGAAUCCUCAGAUCACUUCGAGUCCUGCUGUUGCUCAGGAGAAAGUUGAAGAGACAAGAGCGGUAUGGAGAAGGCAGCAGACAAACUCGCCUCCACAGUCAGAUACGAGGAGAGCUGCUCUCCAUCCUCAGCAGCGCGGCUGACCUUAGUAACGCCAUUCACUGGAUGCCGCCCGGCUUACUGUGGGCGGGGCGAUUCCCAAGCUGGCUGGUGGGGCUGCUGGGUACCACCUCCUCUGUGAUUGGUUUGAUCCAAAUGAACAACAGCGACAGUUAGCAGUCAGAAAAUGUCCAGCUGGAACUACAGUCUGGAGAAGCCAUGCACAUGUGGACAGAUGGUGUAUUCUAGUUCAAACAAGUCAAUAUUGAUGUUUGAUUUGAAUAGAUUGUUUAUAUACUUAACAAUCUGAAAAGAUUAAAACACUAAAAUUAAAGCGAUUAAUGUUCUGUUGAUGAAUGGAUGCAACUUCCAAGAAGUUGGAAAGCCUCUUUAAUGUGAGCUAUUUGUUUAAUUAUACUUUUAUGAUUCAGUCAUGUAAUGGUGCGACACAACAUUUCUGAAGAUUAUUUUUCAUUAUAUUUCUUACACAAACUUUUUUUUUUUAAAUAAUAUUUUUGUGUUAAUGAAGAAAAAGAAAAACAUUUCAAUUCAGUUUUUUAGAUUUGCAAAGUGUAGAUUUUAACAAAUCAGUAUGAAGGUUUAAUCAAGCAUCAUGUUUAGCAUUAUUACGAGCUUUUGCUUUUUUAAUUUGUUUCUACAUACAAUACUGUGAUUAAACUACUUCUAUGCAAUUCAAGUAUAAACUUGAAAAUUUCUUUAGCUUCUGAAAAAAAAGUUCAAAAAGUAUAAUGAAUUAUGGUGUUCUUUACCACAGUUUUAACCUCUUUAUUUUGAAGAAUAUCUAAACUGAUUUUGUUUUAAAGCUGUUUUUAAAAUCCAAAUCUUUCAUUACUGACGUUCAACGCCUUAAGAUAAAUUGAACUUUGUUUCAAAAAACGUAUCAAGUGGUCUAAAUGUUGUAAAAA